CUCAGGCAGAUCAGCUACCCACAUGUGGCAGUGAUGCACCAGUUCUCUCAAUCAAAGAAAAGAACAAAAAAAAACCUUCAAAACUGGACAAAGAGCCUUCAGAGAGACAGGCAACUGCUGUGUAUUUACACUUCACAAGAUGUAUUGUGUAGCAAACACUGAAUUAAAGAUGGCUCAUACAUUCAGAUUAGCUACAUGAUUAUGGAUUUUAACAACAAAAAAGACUCAAGCAUUUACUUCACAUCAGCUCUCUAGCCUCUUACAUUUAACUAAGAGAAGAGUGUUAAACUGUUCAGACGCCUCAGAGUGGGGAAGGUGGUAGCCCAGUGGAUAAAAUGCUAGGCUACUGAUCUGAAGGUCUUAUCUGAAAGAAUUUAGCCAUGCUAGUUUUUGUGAUUUUGAAUCCUACAGUCUCCUCUCCAGGACCUUAUUAGCAGCAGAUUUAAAGAUCUCUGGGUCAGUUUUUUCUGGGUCAGGUUAAGCAGACUGUACUAAUCACACAUGACGUUUCCUCACAGUUUCAGAGUGGAGUUUAGAUUGAAACGGCACAAUGCAGUAUUCGGAUCUCAGACAUAAUGUCUGAAUGAAUCUUUGUGUGCUUUUUCAAUCCCAUCAAAAGUAUAUUCUCUUUAAUUUAAUAAGUAUAGCAUUGUAUCAUUCACUUAAUGUAUUCAGUGUUUCACUAUGAGUAUCAUUUAGUUAAAAUAUUCUGCACAGGAGAAAGCUUGGCUCAAACACAUGACUCAUAUCAAUAAAUGAUAGAAAACCCUUACAGCACUGACACUGGAGACUCCUUCUGUAACUGUUAAAUAAACGUAUUCUUACAGAAAUUGUCACCACAACAAUUAUUUAAUCUGUUUACAUGGAGCGCUCAAAGUACAAUUCCCCUAAAUGAGCUGUUACUAUAGAACAAUCUGUUUGACCACCAAACUGCCACUGCUGGGCCCCUGAGCAAGGCCCUUAACCCUUAAUUGCUCAUAUAGAAAUGAGAUAAAAUGUAUGUCGCUCUGGAUAAGGACGUCUGCCAAAUUUCGUAAAUGUAAGAUGUCUUUAUUUGUCACAUAUAUAUUACUGCACUGCAUGCAUUAAAAAACUACAUCAACACCUGAUGUCCAAUCACAAAACAGAACUCAACCCCAACUCAGAGGUGGUGUAAUACAGCAAUCAGCCAAAAGAGGCAGUGCAUCACAGUGAGUUUGUCAUGUGUUAACCUGUUUAUGGGUAAACCUCCAGAGCAGAAUCAGCUCGUAUUUUUGGUAACAUGUUGAAGGUUGACAAAAUAAACACAGGAAGAUGAUGAUGAUGAUGAUGAUGAUGAUCAUGUGACAUUAAAAAAACACAUGGAUUAAAUAAAUUCAAGUUAUAGUAACUACUUCGAUAGUAAAAUAAGCCUCUUGAAGAUGGUUUCCUUCUAGAACUUAAAAAAAAGUACGUCCAGCACAAGCCGUGGUUCAGCUGCAUGAUACAAAUGGUCUACACAAUAAAAAGAGGAAGUGUCGAGGUUAAACACUUUCGUAUCAACAGCACAGAAGAACUGAAACCACCAGCAGGAGCGACAUCACCCCCUAAACGUACGAUAUCCUUUUAAAAUGUAAAUUAGGUGAUUUUGUCAGAAAGUGUAGAUAUAUUUUCAGUAAAUUUCACGAUUAUAUUUGUUCUGAUAUGUUUAGUGAGAGUAGUGACAUACUGAGAAACUCUUCUUAAGUGAAAGUGGAAACAUCCAGCAGGAAAGUGAGAGCAAAAAAAGUUGCUCCUUUAUAUGUUCUGAGGUAAAACCAUGAAAGUAAAUGCUUUUACUUAUAAUAUUAAGUUACUUGCAUGUUUGCGUGUGAAAAGUAUUUUUAUGCCUUAUCUAAAACUGUUAAAACCACAGUGUUUAGUAUUACCAGGAAAAAGUGUCUGUGUGUGUGUGUGUGUGUGUGUGUGAGUGUGUGUGUGUGGGGCUGCAUAUUUUCAUACAGCAAAACCCACACCUGCAUCCGCUGAAAUCAAAUCAGCUGAGCUAGCAUGUUGAAUCAAACCACUCUGCAGAGUAGACUGAAUGCCUCUGUUUUUUGGGGGGGUUUUUUCUGCAAAUGUCUAUAUUUUAAAUAUUUACCUUUAGUUAGAAUUUGACGCAAAUUUGGCCAAAUGAUAUUAUUUAUAAGACUUGGUCCUUACACAGUGCUUUAAUGAAGAAAACAGUCUAACAUAGUUAAAAAUUGCCAGGUAAGCAAAUUAGCAAAACGUAGCUGAACAGUUUUCAAAUUAGAUGAAAAGGCAGAGUUUCAGAGAGUAGGAAUUCAGAGUUAUUUUAUUCAAGUCACUGCUUACUCCGGCUAAAUACUGAAGCUGACUCCAGCUGAAACACUGGAGCAUAUGUAAUAUACCUUCACUGAGAGAUGAGAGAAGAAGAGACCGUCCUUAAAGAGUAAAAAAAAAUUUUUAUUUUCUUUGGAAAUGCAAUUCAGUAAGAGUUUCAGUAAUACUCAAGCAUACACUGAUUAGGCAUACAAUCCUGAGCAGUGCCAGGUGAAGUGAAUAAGACUGAUGAUCCCCUCGUCAUGGCACCUGUUAGUGGGUGGGAUAUAUUAGGCAGCAAGUCAACAUUUUGUCCUCAAAGUUGAUGUUAGAAGCAGGAAAAAUGGACAAGAGUAAGGAUUUGAGCGAGUUUGACCAAAAGGGCCAAAUUGUGAUGGCUAGACCACUGGAUCAGAGCAUCUCCAAAACUGCAGCUCUUGUGGGGUGUUCCCGGUCUGCAGUGGUCAGUAUCUAUCAAAAGUGGUCCAAGGAAGGAACAGUGGUGAACCGGUGACAGGGUCAUGGGCGGUCAAGGCUCAUUGAUGCACGUGGGGAGAGAAGGCUGGCCCGUGUGAUCCAAUCCAACAGACGAGCUACUGUUACUCAAAUUGCUGAAGAAGUUAAUGCUGGUUCUGAUAGAAAGGGGUCAGAAUACACAGUGCAGGACGGGUCACAGCUGUUAUGGCAACAAAAGAUGGACCAACACGAUAUUAGACAGGCUCUUGGAGUUGCACAAAGACUAAAAGAAAGCACAAAUGAGCACAAACAAACGAGGAUUUGAAAAAAAAAUGGCUUUACGCCAUUCAGUGGGUAAGGAUCUCAGGAUAAUGCUUCUUGGUCACCGUAGUGUUGGAAAAAGUGCAACAGCUAAUGUAAUAUUAGGAAAAGAAACUUUCAAAGAAACUGAAACUAUACAGUGUGAGAUACAGACAGCGAAAGUGGAGGGAAGAAUCAUCUCAGUGAUUGACACUCCAGGAAUCAACAGUACGUCCCUCACUACAGAACAAUGGAGGACAGAACUGAAGAAGGGCUUGUUGCUUUCUUUUCCUGGUCCUCAUGUGUUCCUGCUGGUGACCAAAGUGGGUGAAUUCUCAGAAGAUGACAGAAAAGCUGUGAAGUGGAUCAGCGAGAACUUUGGAGAAGCAGCUUUGAAGUUCUGCAUGAUAUUGUUCACAGGAAAAGAAGAAAUGACCAACAGACAGUUAGUGACAUUUUCUGAAGAUGCUAGUACCAGAGAUUUGAUCAGCUGCUGUGGAGGUAGAUAUUGUGUGAUAAACAGUAAGAGAGAAGGUAAUCCUACUCAGAUCAUUAAACUUCUGCAGGAGAUUGAGGUCAUGGUCCAACAAAACGCAGAUGGGUUCUACACUCAAGAGAUGUACGAAGCAGCUGAUAGACGGAGAACAACAAAAGUGAGACAGGAGAUAGAAAAAAUGGUCAAGGGACAUGAAAGCAAGCCAAAUCCCAGUGUAGACAGGUGUGUAGAGGUGAAGAAAGAGAAUGAUGUGACUGGGGUUAAUGUAAAAUGUGGAAAUGUGACACUUCCUACGAAACAGGAAGAGUCAGUGAAGUCACUUCCAGAGAGGAAGAGAGAGAUGGAAGCUAAGGUUGUUAAAGAAGAUCUCAGGAGACAGGAGGAGACAUGGAGAGCGGGGCAAAGGAAAAAAUGGGAGGAGGAGAAGGGAGCUACAGGGGGUUUACUACCUGAUCCAGUAUCUGAUGUGAGGAUUGUGCUACUGGGAGGUGUUGGAACAGGAAAAAGUUCAUCAGGAAACACCAUCCUGGGCAGAGAGGCAUUUGGGAAGGACACCAUGAAAGUUACCAAAAUGGGCAAGAGGCAGGAUGGAAUGGUGGGGAAUAAAUCCAUCACUGUGAUCGACACUAAGGGUUACGAUAAAGGCUCCUCUAAGUAUGACUUUUUGAAGUACUGUGAAGAGUUGGAACAAUGUCUUUCCUUGUGUAGACCUGGCCCUCAUGUGUUUUUGCUUGUUGUACCUUCUCCUUAUAAAUUCUCCUUCCCUGAUCAAUUACUGUAUGAAAGAUUUGGCCCAGAGGUUCUGAAGCGCACUUUAGUCCUGAUCACUCACGGAGACUCUUGCGGACGAAACCACAGGGCAGUUUUAAAUAGCAGCUCAGCUCUCCGGCAGCUCGUCCAAAACUGUGGAGAAGACUAUCACAUCUUCAACAACCAGGAGAAAGAAGACCAAACUCAGGUCAAGGUAAUGCUGCAGAAGAUUGAGGUCUUGAUUCAGAAGAAUGGACAGGGCUACUGUACCACCGAGAUGUUCCUGAGAAAGGGGCAGGAGUCAAGAAGCUGUACCCUCUUAUAAAUGUUAUAGACAUCUUUUUUCUUUUGAUCAUAACUGGACGUUAUGGGUUGGAUAGUGAAUGUCCUUCUGUAAAAGUAGAAGUCCCUGUUCUAGUUUCUUUUUAUAGAAAUAUUUGUAACCUUUUUAGUGUGUGUGGAUGUUAUGUGAUUCAUUCUUUAUUUAUACUUUAUAUACACACAGUUUAAUGUUUUGUAGAUUGUAGAUGGCAAAGGAAUAAAACAACCAACAAGUUUUGAGUCUCAAGGUUGCUAUGUGUUGCAAGAAGUGCUACAGUUGAAGGGACCAUUGCCUCCUUGUGGAACGGUAGUGAAUUGUUCCUGCCAGAAAUGACACACAUUUUAGCUAAAAUUUCAACAAACAAUCAAAUUUCAAAAUCUAUCAGUCUUUGUAGAUCCACAUGGCAGGGAUGUCCAUUGUCUCCUUU